CCGCGAGUGGUGGAACGCGCUCGUCCAUCGUGGAUGUCGCGGUCGCGGCGCGGCCUCUCCAGCCGUCGCCGCGCCGACUUGGGGCCUCCAGAGCAGGGCGCCGCCGAGGACCUGCCCGUCGCCGAGGUGCUGUCCCGGCUCCUCGCGCAGGCCGGCGCGGACGACCAGCAUGCGCCUCGGCGCUGCGCCAGCCAGCCGGCCAGCGGCGGCCCGCGCGGCCCCUGCGGCCGCGAGCGGCCGCCCGCGGGCCCGGGCGCGCCCGCCGACGCCGCCGCCGCAGCCGAGCCCGACGGCUUCGAGGGCGCGCCCAGCGCUGCCGACGUGGAACGCAUGCGGGCCCGCGUGGAGGAGCGCGCCGCGCAGCUGCAGCGGGACCUGGGCGAGCUGGCCGAGAGGCGGAGGGCGCUGCUGCGUGCGGGCACCGAGAGCUGGCUGCGGCGGGAGGCGGAGGAGAGCCUGGCGCUCCACGAGGCGCGGCUGCGCGAGGAGGCCGGCGCCGCCGCGCAAGAGGUACGGGCGGCGGCGGCCGCGGCCAGGGCCGACUUGGAGGCCGUCGUCUCGGAGAUCGACGGCCACCUGGCCGUCCUCGGCGCGGCGGCGUCGGCGCUUCGAAAACUGGCCGAGGGAUGGGGCCCUCGGAGCCAAUCUCCUCCUCCUCCUGCUCCUCCUACUCCUCCUCCUCCUCCUCCUGCCCCCCCUCUCCUCCUCAUUCUCCUCCUCCCCUGGUCUUGUGGUUGGAUUCCUGCUGCUCGAGGCCCCUCGACCCCCAGACACCCGAGGCCGUGGCUUUUCCACGGCGGGGACCCCCAGAGGUCUCGCUCCCUUCCCCGAGUCGGUCUGGUUGCGGUCCCAGGGCCAGGCCAAGGGCCCCCCGGAGGCCGAAGGCGGCCGGACACCCCCCGCCGUGCUUUUCGCGGCGACUCGAGUGGGUCUGGGCCCUCCUUGCUUUCUCCCUGCGGCCCGGGGGCACCCGAGGGGCCCCCCAACCCCCG